CCCUCCAGUGAGGGAGUGGGGCCCACUCCACAUGGUGGAUCGUUGAUGGGCCGAUUCAUUUGCCUGAAACGGUAAACUCAGUACCUAGGUGGGCCCGUCUCCCCCACUCUUGUCGCGACACGUGUCGCAUGUUCGAGCCCAUUCCUUUGUGCUGCUCUACACUACAAAUACCGGAGAGGCUGCUAAGCUCACUACCAAGCUAAUCAUUUGCUGCCCUUCGGAUCACGCACGGAGACAGAGCUCGCCUCUCUCUCUCUCUGUUCUCGAUCGGACGUACGCCUUCUCCUCUAUUGACCGGUGUCGACCAUGGAAACUUUAACAUGUUCAAACCUUGUGACGCAUGCACGCGGAGGGAUGAUUCUACAGGAUUCCAAAAUUAAUUUGGUCCACACUGGGAAGAGGAACCUAUCCCUAAGUCACAAUGGCUUGAGAAAAAUAAACAAUGUUGAUAUGCUUCAAAUGAAAAGCAAUGUGAAAAUGACUGUAAAACAGUCUAGGAGCAUGCCAACCAAAUCUGAGAGUCAUAAGGCACCAGGGAAGAUUAUUUGUGGAGCUGGGAUGAGAAUAUGUUUUGUGGCAGCAGAGUGUGGUCCAUGGAGCAAAACUGGCGGGCUUGGUGAUGUUCUUGGAGGAUUACCUCCAGCUAUGGCUGCAAAUGGACACAGGGUGAUGACUGUGUCACCACGCUAUGACCAGUAUAAGGAUGCUUGGGAUACUGGUGUGGUUGUUGAGGUAAAAGUUGGAGAUAGGUACGAGACAGUUAGAUUUUUCCACUGCUACAAGCGUGGAGUUGAUCGUGUUUUUGUUGAUCACCCCAUGUUCCUGGAGAAGGUAUGGGGGCCAACUAAAUCAAAGAUAUAUGGUCCUCAACCUGGAGUAGAUUACGACGAUAACCAGCUUCGGUUCAGCUUAUUGUGCCAGGCUGCUCUGGAGGCUCCCAGGCUCUUGAAUCUGAACUGCAGCAAACACUUCUCAGGACCAUAUGGUGAGGAUGUGAUCUUUGUCGCUAAUGACUGGCACACCGCGAUACUUCCUUGCUACCUUAAGUCUAUGUAUCAAUCCAGAGGAAUAUACUCAAGUGCCAAGGUUGCCUUCUGCAUCCACAACAUUGCCUAUCAAGGAAGAUUUGCAUUCUCUGACUUCCAGCAUCUCAAUUUGCCUGAUGAGUACAAAAGUUCUUUUGAUUUCAUGGAUGGGUACGAUAAGCCGGUUUCCGGGAGGAAAAUUAACUGGAUGAAGGCUGGAAUUUUAGAAUCACAUAGGCUUCUAACUGUGAGCCCAUACUACGCUCAGGAAUUGGUCUCUGGUGAUGCAAAGGGAGUUGAAUUGAAUAACUUCAUCCGCGAUGUUUCUAUAACUGGCAUUGAAAAUGGAAUGGACGUCCAAGAGUGGAGUCCAACUACUGAUAAACACAUUGAUUGUCACUACGACAUCAACACUGUAAUGGAUGCUAAGCCCAUUUUGAAGGAAGCACUUCAAGCAGCACUGGGAUUGCCUGUGGACAAGAACAUCCCUGUCAUUGGAUUUAUCGGCAGACUUGAAGAGCAGAAAGGAUCAGACAUUCUUGCUGCUGCCAUACCUAGGUUUAUUGAAAAGAAUGUGCAGAUAAUAAUCCUUGGAACCGGCAAGAAGCAAUUUGAGGACCAGAUUGAUAUGCUUGAGGAUUCUUAUCCUGAUAAAGCAAGAGGAGUGGCAAAAUUCAGCGUCCCCUUGGCACACUCCAUAAUUGCUGGUGCUGAUUAUAUGUUGAUUCCAAGUAGAUUCGAACCAUGCGGCCUUAUCCAGUUACAUGCCAUGAGAUAUGGAACCAUUCCCAUAUGUGCUUCAACCGGUGGCCUAGUCGACACAGUCAAAGAAGGAUACACUGGAUUCCAUAUGGGAGAAUUUAAUGUCAAUUGUGACACUGUUGACCCCGAAGACGUGCUGAAGGUAGCAAACGGUGUUUCCAAAGCUCUUGCUGUCCAUGGAACUCCUGCCUUCGCAGAGAUGAUAAAAAAUUGCAUGUCACAAGAUUUCUCAUGGAAGGGCCCUGCAAAGAAGUGGGAAUCCGUGCUGCUAAGCCUGGCCGUGGCAGGAAACGAACCCGGUAUUGAUGGUGAAGAAAUCGCGCCACUCGCAAAGGAGAAUGUCGCGACUCCUUGAAUGCAGAUAAUCCUCUAUACAAAAGUCAGUUAUAAUUUCGUUGGUGAAGAGAAUCAGUAACAUCUUUACAGGAAUAAUAUUUCAAUCAAUGAAUCAA